AUGUCUGCGGCUCUGUUAUCCGGAUGUCCGACCCCAGAAAGCAGAAAGACGCCUGGCGAUAGGAAUAUAUCUGCCUUAAGCUCCUCUACGUCUACGAGCAACGGCCCGAUCAAAUUCUUCUUUGUCUGCAUCGUAGACUUGCUUUCAUUGAAGAAAAGAUUUGCAGUGUAACUGCGAGGCCAAGAGACUUGUCAACUCCGCGACUUUGC